AUCGGCGAUCGGGUGUUGUUGCAGGCGAUUCCAGUCCACAAUCUACGCGCCGCGCGCCGGUCAGCUUCUUUCCAAACCCAAAACCCUAAUAUACCCCUUUCUCCUUCUCUCUCCGAUUUCAUCGAUCGAAGCAUCUAAUCAUCAAAGAAAUGAGCUCAGUGUCGUUUGCAUCGCUUUCUUUGGACAAUGGAUGCUUCCAUAAGGAUGGAAUGAGAGAUUUGAAGGCUUUGAAGCGAGGUGGAAGUAUGCUGCGGGUUAGAGGUUCUGUGGGUCCAGCACCACAGACGCUGCAGUCUGCAAAGACGGUGGUGCAUAAAUCACAAGAAACAGUUCGAAUCGGUGUUCUAGGAGCGAGCGGCUAUACCGGUUCUGAAAUUGUUCGGCUCCUUGCAAACCAUCCACACUUUGGUAUUACAUUGAUGACUGCUGAUAGGAAAGCUGGUCAGGCAAUCGGAUCAGUAUUUCCUCACCUGAUCGCACAAGACUUGCCAAAUAUGGUUGCCGUCAAAGAUGCUGACUUUUCUAAAGUAGAUGCAGUGUUUUGUUGUUUACCACAUGGAACAACACAGGAAAUAAUCAAAGGCCUUCCGAAGGAGCUAAAAAUUGUUGAUCUUUCUGCAGACUUUCGUCUUCGAAACAUUGAUGAGUAUGAAGAAUGGUAUGGUCAGCCUCACCAAGCACCGGAUUUGCAGAAAGAAGCAAUAUAUGGCUUGACGGAGGUUUCAAGGGAAGAAAUCCAGCGUGCACGACUCGUUGCUAACCCUGGUUGUUACCCAACAUCCGUUCAACUUCCUCUGGUUCCCUUGAUAAAGGGUCGUCUCGUAGAACUGAGAAAUAUCAUCAUUGAUGCAAAAUCUGGCGUGAGUGGAGCAGGACGUGGUGCCAAGGAGGCAAAUCUGUACACUGAAAUUGCUGAAGGGAUACAUGCCUAUGGAAUUACAAAGCACCGUCAUGUUCCAGAAAUUGAGCAAGGACUCUCUGAUGCUUCACAUUCGAAAGUGACAGUCAGCUUCACUCCUCAUUUGAUGCCAAUGAGCCGUGGAAUGCAAUCUACCAUCUAUGUAGAAAUGGCUUCAGGAGUAACAAUUGAGGAUCUGUACCAACAAUUGAAGGCCUCGUACCAGGAUGAAGAAUUCAUUGUUUUGUUGGAGAAAGGAGCCAUCCCUCACACUAGAAAUGUCAGGGGUUCAAACUACUGUUUCAUGAAUGUCUUCCCUGAUAGAAUUCCUGGGAGAGCAAUUAUAGUAUCUGUAAUUGAUAAUCUAGUGAAGGGAGCUUCUGGUCAAGCUCUGCAGAACCUCAAUCUGAUGAUGGGAUUUCCCGAGAACAUGGGGCUACUCUACCAGCCUCUGUUUCCAUAGAGAGCACGCCCUUCAUUCUUUUAUCAGCGCAGGUAUUGUAUGAAUGGAAAUAUUUCGGCUUUUUAUUUAACUGUUAUUAAAUCAUGUCCUCUUAGAUAGAGUCAUUCUAGGGAGGCUUGUCCUGUAGAGGCUCACCCUUCUGCCCCACUGCAUGGGUAUCCAAACCGUUUGUCUAGUGUGUCCAACAAUGGAUGGCUUACAUGGCAAAAAUCCUGCUGAUUAGAGAUCCAAAUCAUCCAUACAUGUGCUCAAACCUGGACCAUUGCACUGACCUUUCUACUCGUCACAUGGUGGAGCAGGAAUGGCGAGCAUCCCUCGUAUUUCUCGUAAAAGAAAAAAUCAUGUAAAAUCUUGAAGAUGGAAGAUUUAAAAUGUGAUACGAAAUCUGCUACCUAACGUCCACUCACAUAUAUUGCAGGCAGAGAGAGCGUGUGAGAUGGGCUCAAGAGCUCCCAAAUCACAUAUCAUAUAAAUGUGACCGUUUUCUAGCUUCAGUUGUAGGAAUCUGCCGUUGAAAAGCUCGGCUGUAUGUUUUAGUUUGUAUUACUAUUAUGAUGGUUGAAUUUUGUAGAACUAUAUUUAUUAGCUGCUUUAGUUUGUAAUACUAUUAUGAUGGUUGAAUUUUGUAGAACUACGUUUAUUACCAGCUCGCAGGUGGGCCGAAUAAGAAAAUAACUAAUAAGAGUGUUUUAUCGAA